GGGUUGGUGCUAGCACAGUUAUGCGCUUUGUGCAGGUUUGAGAAAACUUUGCGAAGUUCGCUCGGGGCGCGCUUCUCCGCGUCCUCGGCUGCCCGCCGGGAUGGGCAGCCGUGUGCGGCGCGGCAUGUGCUGGGGCAAGCGGGGCCGCGGGCCCCGCGGUGGGGGCGCGCUGCUGGCGCUGGGGCUGCUGGCGGCCGUGGGCUUCCUGGCGUGGCGGCAUGGCCCUCCGCCCCGCGCCGCCCCACCGACGCCCGCCGACGCAGCGCGGCUGCGGAGACCUGUGUACGAGAAGCCCACCCCGGAGCCGGGGGCGCUGGGGGAGCUGGGCCGCGCCGUGCGCCUUGAGCUGAGCCCGGCCGAGCUGCGCCUCCAGGAAGAGAGCAUCCACCGCCACCAGAUCAACAUCUACCUGAGCGACCGCAUCUCGCUGCACCGCCGCCUGCCCGAGCGCUGGCAUCCGCUGUGCAGAGAGAAGAAGUAUGAUUAUUACAGCUUGCCAAAAACCUCUGUUGUGAUAGCUUUUUAUAAUGAGGCUUGGUCAACACUACUACGAACUGUUCAUAGUGUUCUUGAGACAUCUCCAGAUAUCCUUUUGGAAGAAGUUAUCCUUGUGGAUGAUUACAGUGACAAAGAACAUUUAAAGGAGACUUUGGAGAACUAUGUGGCUGGCUUGCGCAAGGUGCGCCUUAUCCGUGCGAAUAAGAGGGAAGGACUGGUUAGAGCACGGCUGCUGGGGGCUUCAAUAGCAAAAGGGAACAUCCUGACUUUCCUCGAUUGCCACUGUGAAUGCCAUGAAGGCUGGCUUGAACCACUUCUGGAAAGAAUCUGGGAGGAGGAAACAGCUGUCGUCUGCCCUGUUAUCGAUGUUAUAGACUGGAAUACGUUUGAGUACUUGGGAAAUGCUGGGGAACCACAGAUUGGUGGAUUUGACUGGAGACUUGUCUUCACUUGGCAUGUAACACCUGAAAGAGAGCAGAAACGAAGGAAGUCUAAGACUGAUGUGAUCAGAUCUCCAACCAUGGCAGGCGGAUUGUUUGCUGUGAGCAAGAACUAUUUUGAUUAUCUUGGUUCUUAUGACACAGGAAUGGAAGUCUGGGGGGGAGAAAACCUGGAAUUCUCAUUUAGGAUAUGGCAGUGUGGAGGAAGUCUUGAGAUCCACCCUUGCUCUCAUGUAGGUCAUGUUUUCCCCAAACAAGCUCCAUACUCGCGGUCCAAGGCUUUGGCAAACAGUGUACGUGCAGCUGAAGUAUGGAUGGAUGAAUAUAAAGAACUUUAUUACCAUCGAAACCCACAUGCUCGUCUGGAGCCAUAUGGAGACGUGACAGAAAGGAGAUUCCUUCGAGAGAAGCUCAAAUGUAAGGACUUCAAAUGGUUCUUGGAGAACAUUUACCCUGAGCUCCAUGUACCUGAGGACAGACCUGGCUUCUUUGGAAUGCUGAAGAACAGAGGAAUGGUGAACUUCUGUUUUGAUUAUAACCCUCCAAAUGAACAUGAAGUAACUGGACACAGGGUCAUACUGUACCCAUGUCAUGGCAUGGGACAAAAUCAGUUUUUCGAAUACACAUCCCAUAAUGAAAUACGUUACAACACUCGGCAGCCAGAAGUCUGUGCAGCAGUUGAUUCAGGAACUGACUAUUUGACAAUGUACUUGUGUGAAGAAAAUGUUCAUAGUAUUCCUGAAAAUCAGAAGUUUAUUUUCAGAGAGGAUGGCACUUUGCUUCAUGUGCAAACCCAGAAGUGCUUACAGGCAGAGUCAAACUCUUACAAUGGUAAUCCAGCACCACUGUUACGACCAUGUACCAAUGCAGAAUACCAAAAAUGGUUCUUCAAAGAAAGAAGUUGAUCCAGAUGUCAUCUAGUAUACAGCUGAAUACGAAAACGUUAUCUUUCUAGUCAGCAGCUCAUUAGCCUUUUGAAAAUUACAUAAUUGAUAUAUUUUUGUAUGAAAAGAACUGUAAUCAGUUUACAAGCAUUGAACUUUGUUUUCUGGAGCAUUAAAAGGCACUAAGCAUUGAGAGCUAUGUAAAAUAAGUAGUAUGGUUAUAUCAUACCACAGAAACUGCACCUCUUCUGUUCUCUUUAUCUGGCAGCUACAUAAAUGUUUCUAAAGUGUCUUAAGUUCUUUUCAUAAGUGACAAUAUAUUUUUUUAUACUACUGUGUGACAGUCAAAGCAAGGCAGUCAGAAUAAUUGCACUAAUGUUACCUGCCAAUAACUUAAAAUAUUUAUUUUUCUACUAAAACAUUCUACAAUUGUGUUUUGAACACGUACUAGUUAGUAAUUCUUUUUGUCUUUUAAAUAUGAAGAGGGCCUGAUUCUGCCCUAUGCAACUACCUAGAACCCUCACUGAAGACAGUGUGGAUUUGCAUGUGAAAGCAGAAUGCAGGUCCUCAUAUUUUUGCACAAAUAACAAUCUAGAUGCAUAAAAAUUGCACAUGCCUAACAAUACUGUACCUUAAAUAUUGUGACAUUUUCAGGUGUUCAUGGCAGUUGAUGAUUUCUAAUAGUGCUGAAGGCUGUUCUUGGAGUAAAAUGGGGAUUUUUCUCAUCUCACUUAAAUAAGAUGACAAUAUUUAAUGGUGAUGCUCUGGGAAGAUCUAAUUAGAAUUACAAGGAUCUAGCCCUGCAAUUGCAUCCCAGACUGAAGAGUUUGUUUUAACAUUAAGUGUAUUUUCAAUAUGCUCAAAACUUGCAAGAUCAGACCUUGGAAUAAUUCUUCUGAUACAGAGGAUUUGUUUCAAAAUUACUGUUAGAGAAAAUGAAUCUAAACAUAUCAUUAUCUUUCAGUUAAACUGUAAAUGUAAAAUGUAAAUUCUCAUGUGUAAAAAUGAAUAUAUAAGCAAAUAUUGAUUUGCAGCUAAUUGACAUAUUUUGAAAAUACAAAAAUUGUCUUCAAGAUUAUAACUUGCAUUUUGUCUGGGGAUUCCUCUUCUGAGUAAAUUGUUUGUGUCAGUGUAUACAUUCCUACUGAAAACAUCGGAUUUAACCUGCAUCAGUAGAAAAGUUGUUUUUUGAGGUGCACGGGAUCUGCCUUACCUGAUCAGACAAGCAGAGUGUAUAGCAAUGUCUUUGACCACCAUAAUUACAAUAUUGAUUAAAGAGUUUUAACUCAUAACAAAAGUUUCUGUCUAUAUCAGCUGGAGGUAUGCUUACAAGUUAAAGGAUGAAAAUUUAAACCAUUUUUCCCCCAGAAGUCUUGGCAUCUGUUUGGGUUAAUUUUUUAUUUCUUUCAUUAUUUUCUUUCUUCCUCUUUUUUAUAUACAGUGUACAGUCCUUUAUUUGAAUCCUCAUAACCUAAUAUCAUGUUGGCAUGUCUAUUUAUAUGAUUAGAGCUUGGAGGAGGGAUUCUUCCUGUGGGAGAUACAUAUGCAAGGUUCUUUCAAGAUUUUUAUAAAACCACGUAGAUCAAAUGGUUUUGUAAGCACCUUCAAAGUUCUGUCUCUGGGGGUGGAUUAAUGAAACUGAUGUUAGAACUAAUAAAAUACUUAAUGAAUCAGUAGAGUGACAA